AUGAGGCUUGUCAAUUUAAAUUUUGUGUUUGUUUCUCUUCUUGUGCUCAUAGAGGUUGUUAGUGUUUGCAAUGGACGCGUCCUGAGCCCAGCGUUCUAUCGCAGGAGUUGCCCUCAAAUUGGAAGAAUAGUGAGGAGCAUUACAUGGAGCAAGGUUGCAGCAAAUCCUACCUUGGCAGCCAAGCUUCUAAGGCUCCACUACCAUGAUUGCUUUGUUAGGGGAUGUGAUGCAUCAAUAUUGAUAGACUCAACUAGUGGCAACAACACGGCGGAAAAGGAUGCAAUACCAAACAGGUCCAUUGGAGGUUAUGAUGUUAUUGAUGAAAUCAAAACCAAAUUAGAGGAAGAAUGUCCCGACAUCGUCUCAUGUGCUGAUAUUGUUGCCUUGGCUGCCAGGGAUGCAAUUUCUUACCAAUUUGGGAGGCCCAUGUGGCAGGUUUUGACUGGCAGAAAAGAUGGAAGAGUCUCACUUGCCACAGAGGCUUCAAGGGACUUGCCCUCCGGAAAUGCAAACUUCACCACCCUCCAACAGCAAUUUGCUGGGCUUGGCCUAAACAUCAUAGAUCUUGUUGCCUUAUCAGGGGCACAUACAAUUGGAGUGGCACAUUGCGCUGUAUUUCAAAGGAGACUGAAUGCGACAGGCAAAGGUGACGCCGACCCUUCACUUGAUCCAGAAUACGCGCAGUUCUUGAGAACGCAAUGCACCACCCCGCCUAACCCGGCCGUCGCAGUGGCAUUGGACGCCAACAGCUCAGUUGCCUUUGACAGCCAUUACUUUGUGGGUUUGAGUCACAACAAAGGGCUCUUGAGAUCAGAUGCAGCCCUACUCACUGACCCACGUUCGGCUAGAGUUGUAAAAAGCUUUCAAGGGUUCCAUGAUUUCAUGGCUAACUUUGGGCUUUCAAUGAAGAAAAUGGGUGCCAUUGGAGUCAAAAAAGGUGCCCGGGAUGAUGGAGAGAUUAGGAAGAAUUGCAGGGUUGUUAAUGCAGCUAAUUAAGAUUAAGAUAUCUUCAUUAAUUAUAUGGUCUAUUAUUAAUUGUCACCUCUGUAAUAUCAUAUAGUUUGCCUUUUUUUUUUCCUUUUUUCUAAUGGGAAUAAAGGUAGGGGCUUGGUGGUUGCAACUCAGCAAUAAGCUGUACCACUCGAUCGAACUGAAUAAAAUAAACAUCCUUGAAAAGGGUAUAUUUAUAGCUUCGAGAAUAGAUGCAUAGAGGUAUUUUGAUUCAAAAAACGUUAUUUAUAUCAUAUUUACU